AUGUCACACAUGAGUAAUACAGCUCGCCGGCUUGUUUUUCUAGGCACCCAAGCUGAACCAUGUUUGAUUCAUGAAGAAGUUCCUAUUCCAAAGUUGAAACCUGGUGAAAUCCUAGGAAAGCUCCGCAUGGCAACAAUAUGUGGAUCGGAUUUACAUACAAUUAGCGGAAAGAGAAAAGAGCAGACGCCGAGGUAUAACCUGAAAUGCUAUUUUAUAGCACGUUACUGUUAAUUGAAUAAAUGGAUCUUUGGGUUCUUCCACCCCCCAUUCCUUAAGAGCAUUUUUUUGUGGGGGGAGGGGAAGGGGAAGGAGUGAAAGCUUGAAAGGCGCUUUUUCUUUCCGUAUGUCUAUUGAAGUUAUAAAGAAAAUGGCUCCUUGGGUGGAGGAGGAGGUCUGGUUGAUAUGGGAAGGUAUCUUAGCUCUAAAGAUUCCAACGUGCACACCCAGAACAAGUACUGGGCAAAUAUGCAAAUUAUUGUAAAUUGCCUUCAAAUUCAAAUUUUCAAAGGAAGAUUUUUCAUUAAAGGCAGGAAUGUCAACAUACAUGUUUGUGAAAGAAUUACUCCUAAUUUUCAGACUUAUAUUUUUAAUGUGUGUUUGGGUCAGGAAAACAAUUAAUAAGCAAAUGCUCUCAUCUGGGUUUCCUCUGCACUCAGGCUCUCUCAGUCAGUUUUUCUAUUCUCUUUUUUCUGUCCUAUUGACCAACUCUUUUUAGCAAAAGGUCUAGUCAAAGUAAACAAAUUGUUCUGUGGAGGCAAUUUAAUCAAAAGUCAAAGAGCAACAAGUAAAACCCAAAGCAUCUGUUUGAUUACCAGUAGCCAUUCUGGGAUGCAUGCUUUGAAAAACAAAAUAAAUAUUAAAUUUAUCUUUCUGUCACUAAGGUGCCUGCAAGUAUAUGACCUUACCUUACCUAAUCCAUGACCUUACCUAAUUCUGGCUGUUUAAGGUAUCAAGGAAGAUGAGCUAAUAUUUGUUAGCCAAAUAAAACAGUUAUUGAAAACAAAAAGGAGGAAUUUAAUUUAGGGGUAGAUCCAAAAAAUGAGGGUUCUACUGUGAUAGUAUAAUAUCACUCCAUAACCAUAACACACAUCCUCUAUAGACUGCUUUGUAAAAUGUAUUUUGGAUGAAUUCACUUGAUAGAAUUUUUCCCCCUAAUAUAUGUGAUAUAUAAAUAUAUAGAUAUAAAAAAAAGAUAUAAAAAAAAAACAUGCAUUGUUGAAUACUAUGGACCUGUUAUUUACACAAGGUCUAACCUAAACUGUUGUUUUACACAAUCAGUGGGCUCAGACUUUCUCCACAAGAGGGUUGAUAUAAUUAAUGAAAUGUUCCUCUACUGUUGGCUUUUGGCUCUCUUGACAGUGUUCACAAAAACAAAUGUUCAGAUAAAAGGUCCUGCUAAAUUGAGUAUUGUUGCCCUGGCAUUGUUAGACAACAGCUAAAUUUCAUUUUAAUAACCAGCCCAAUGAGAUCAUACUUUUAAGAUUAUAUAAACCUAUAUAGGUGAACUCCUCUCAUAACAAGCACCUCAAGUCAGUCCAUGCUAUUUGAAUUCUCAAAUAUAUUUAUUUUUUAAAGAUGAAGAUUUUGUAACUUUAACGACAAGACAGUCCUUUUUUCAUCAACUAAUUCACCUCUCACAGAUACUCAUGGGAUGUCAUUAAAUUUUAGCAUUCUUGGACAUGAAGGUGUUGUAGAAGUAAUCAAUCAUCUGCGUCCAGAUACUGACAUUGAAAAAGGAGACAGAAUAACAUUUCAUGUCAUCAACUGUUGCAACAAAUGUGAAAACUGCAGGGAAGGACUUCAGCAGAAAUGCAUUUCUUUGUUCAAGGUAACAAUGGGAUAAAUUUUUUUUUUAAGAAAAGUGUGGGAAGGGGGCAUUUGGGAUCCGGAGGAGGGCUAGGUCCUGGUGAGUAUGUCAGAACCUAAUGGAUGUCAAACUGGAAUUCGGAUAAAACAAUUAACCCUUUAACUCCCAAGAUCUGAUUGUUAAUUCACCCCUCUAGCUGCUACACAUUUACCUGUAACUUAGUUAUGAGAAUUUGGUGUUAGAUGAAGACAACAACCUGUACCUGAUAAGUUUGAGAAUUCUCUUUAUCUUUUGCUGGAUAAUGUAUGGAUAUUAUAGGGAAAAGUUACAUUUCAAUCACUCUUGAGAGUUAAAGGGUUCAGGUUAUUUCUUGUUUAGAGAAAUUACAUGGCACACUUGAGAAAGACACUUGACAGUUGUGAUCAUUAACCCUUUAACUCCCAAGAUCUUAUAAAUAAUUCUCUUUACUUCUCCCAUACAGUUCUUUAGAUGUCAGUUUGGAGAAUUUGGUAUUGGAUCAACUCAUAAUUCCCAAACUGACAUUUUUCUAUAUUCUCACCACUUGUCUGCUUGAUAUUGUAUUGAUAUUGUAAGGAGAAAUUCUGACUUGGUCACUCAAGGGAGUUAAAGGGUUAAUUCUACCAUUCAUCUGCCAAUCAUUUUCUUGCGAAUGAUUUGAGAGAAUUUGAUGCUACAUCAAGACAACAUCUGACAUUCAACUGUUUACUGAACAAGGUAUCAAUAUUGAAAAGAGAAAUUGUAUGUUGGAUGCUUCUAACAGUGAAAGGUUAUUUAUUAAAUAAUUUUUAUUUUUUGGUCUCUUUCUCUCUGCCUCUCUUCCUCCUAGACAUGUCAACCUUUCCUCUGAAGCCUGACCUCACUGACCAUUAAACACAAUCAGUGAGGGACUAUAUUCUAUGCCUACUAAAUACUUGAGGCCAUAGAGUCUUAAAAAGCAGCUUUCAGUCAAUUGUAGUAUUCCCCAAAGAAUACAAAUCUUGCUCUUUCUUCUCUUCACCCUUUAACUCCCAAGAUCUCAUUGAUAAUUCUCCUUACUGUCUCCCUUACAGUUCUUGUGAUGUUAGUUUGGAGAAUUUGGUCUUGGAUCUUCUUGGAUAUUUUUCUUUAUUCUCAUCACUUGUCUGCUUGAUAUUGUAUUAAUAUUAUAAGGAGAAAUUUUGUCUUGGUCACUCAUGGGAGUUAAAGGGUGACUAGCAUCUAAUUUCUCCUUACAAUCAAACAUUAAGGUUACAAGAAUAAAGGAAAUGAUCACCAAAUAAUGAAGCUCUUGAUUGUUACACAAAUUCUCUCUGUCAGUACCUUAGGAGUUGUAUCAAGAACAGUAUAGAGAAUUAAUGCAUAUAUAUUGAUGUUAGGGUGUAAAGCAUUAGAUUCACUCUGGGCUCUCAUUUGUUUUUAUAGUAUGGUCACUCUAUCAUGACAGAAGAAUCACAACUUAAUGGCUGUUAUGCAUCCCAUAUUAUCAUACACAGUGGAACACAUGUCGCAAAAAUUCCUGGUCAUGUCAGAGAUAAUAUGGCUGCCACCAUUAAUUGUGCAUUAGCAACAAUGGUUAAUGUUGUGUCUGGACUUACAGGAGAAAAUCCUCAUCGUGAUACAGUUGCCUUAAUUCAGGUAAGCAAUUAUGAAAUUUGACAGGCAUGCAAUGCAAAAAAAAAGUGCUCCAAUGGCUCAAUCAAUUCAGUAAAUCUGUGUAAUAUCCAACUGAAUAAAGGGGGUUAAGUUUUUAAAGAAACUGUGAUGCUGCAUGGGUGAGAGAGUAUAACAAGGUAAUUUGGUAUUAUCAACUGAGUUGAUAACUUAAAUUGGCCACUGUUAAGAGUUUAAAAGCAGAUGUUUUUAGUGUUAGUCCUUCAUCAUUUGCUCCAAGGGAGGGGCUGACACUCGAAAUGUCAGCUCUGAAACUCUCAAAAAAAAUUUUAAAAUUUCUUUUAAACCUCAAAAUAUGUCAACUUGAUGACUGUACAGCUCAAUUGUAACAUUAUAGGGGUGUGGCCUGUUAGGAAUUUAUGGCUGUGUGCUUCUUCAAGAAGCUGGCUUCAGAAAAGUUUACUGCUCUGAUAUUGAACCCAAGAGACUGGAAAUAGUUCAAAGGUUUGGUGGAAUUCCUGUCAUAACAGGUAAGAUAGGCUUUUUUACAUUUCUCCUUGUGGAAAUCCAAUGUAAGUGUGAUAAAAUCAUUAGAUCAAAGUUAAAGGUGUAUAUGAAGUGAUGUGAUAUAAUUUGAUUGCUUUGUGAUGAUUAAGCUCCUUCCAAGGGCAGUCCAUUUAAUUAACAAAAGGUAUAUUAUAAAUAAGUUAUAGCAUGAUAUUUCUCAUCAUAUCAAUCCCUUUUUGGAUUUAUUCUUGACAUUUUCAUUAAAAUUUUACCUUCCACAGCGUUAACAACAAACUCACAUAAGGAGAGACUUACUAGUCCACAUAAUUUCCAAAUUUAUAGAUGGGAGCCCUCCAAGUGACCCUGGUGACAACUCUGUUGAUGUGGUUAUAGAGGUGAGGAACUUUUAUUACUUCAUACUGAAAGUUAUGCAUUUUAUAUCAGUUUACACUUUUUGGAAUCUAACCCUUCCAACCCCUAAGAGUGAUGAGUAUCUAAUUUCUCCCAACAUUUUCACCCCUAAAUCAAACAUUAAGUUCAUGAGAAUUAUAAAGGGAAAUGAUCAGAAACUCAAGAAGCUCUUGAUUGUUUGACAAGUUCUCCUAUUUAGGAAUUGUUUAAAGAUUAGUAUGGAGAACUUGCAUACCGAUGUUAGGGUGUAGAGGUUUUAUCCAUUUGGUAACUUAUUGACUGUAGUUAGUUGUCUUAAAUAAUAGAGGAUUAUUCCAGGCAUUGUUUUUCAGAAUUCAUCAAAUUGCAGUCUGAGAUGUUGUGUAUUUAUUUACAGGUUUGUGGAUUCCCAGGAGUGAUACCUGAUGGAAUAAGACUCCUUCGCACUGGGGGUUUGUAUGUGCUUGCUGGUAUGGUACAUCCAAAUUCCAAUUUAGAUAUCACUGGUGAACAGAUCAUAAGAAAGUGUGUCACUAUUAAAGGUAAGUAUCAAAGGAUGCUUGAACUUACAGUGAGAUGUCUACUUGUUUAUCAAUGGCCUUUUGACUCACUCUCUAUUUUCCUUUUUCUUUUCAUUGAUCAUCAUCAGGAAUUCACAACUAUGGUCCACAACAUCUGGAUGAAGCUGUUUCGUUUCUGUCCAGAACAUGUAAUAAAUAUCCAUUUGAAGAACUCUUCAGCCCAUCUUUCAAACUCACAGAUUUUGAACAAGCCUUGCUGCUCUCCAAACAGCAAGUGUUCAACAGAGUUUGCGUGGAGCCCUGA